UCGAAACAAUCGUGUUCGUGUACUUUCGGAUUUUUGUGAAAAAAUUUCGUUUUCACGUCUCGCUUAAGAAAAACUUAAAUUUUUUACAUUUAACUUAAUGUAAAAUAACUAAGAUCUAUUGUAAAAUGUAAAUGCAAGCGUCAGUUAUCGAAAAAACAUAAAAAUCUAAAGAAAAACAAGUGUUUAAUUAAGAAAAAUUGCAAGUGAAUAAUUCAAGGAAAACAUUUUUUUCUUCUCCCAACAAACGAUGCCGCAGUAGUUAUGUAGAUAUUUGUAUGUGUGUGCGUGUGUGUUUCAGAGAGCUUGUGUAUAUAUGUUUGUGCAUAAAUGUGUGUUUAUUAAGCGGAGAAAAACACAGAAGAAGAAAUGAGAGAAACAACAAGCAAAUAAUAAUGAAGAACGUAAUAAUCAAGCAGCAUUAUUAAACAGAAGAAGAACAACAAACACAAGCAAAUAAUAUAAAAAAAUUAACAAGAAAAAAGUGAAAAAUAAAGAAAACUAAGAUUUUUCUUUUAUAAUAAAAUAAAAAACAAUAUUUCAUUAAUAUAACAAACAGUUAAAAAAACUUUUACUUAAAAACCAACAAAAAAGUCUUUAAGAAAAACCGGUCAUUUAACAAAACAACAAACUAAACAUUAAUUAAAAACAACAAAAAUUUAAGAAGAAAUUUUGUAUAGUGGUCAACUGUAAUAAAAAAAUUGCUUUUCAUAACGAACACAAAUUAAAUUGAAUGACAAAAUGAGUUACAAUCAAAAACCACCUGGUUCGAGUGGCAGUGGCAUGGGCGGAGGACCGCCCAAUGGUCCCAACAAUAUGCCACAGGUAGCAAAAACAUUUGCUGCUGGCAUACAGCAACAAAUGCAGAAUUUAGUACAUGGUCAAAAUGCCAUACCACAGUCAGCACAGGCCGACAUAAAUGCUUUUCUGCAGCAGCAAAGAAUACAGAGUAUGUUGAAGCAACAGCAGCAAUUCUUACAGUUUCAACAUCAAAUGCAGCAGCAACAACAGCAUCAGCAACAACAACAUCAACACCACAAUAUGGGCGGAGGUGUAGGUCCUAGCCCAGUAGGUGGUGUAGCCGGUGUGGGAGGUGUUGCCGGUCCGGGUAGUAGUGGGCCUGGUGGCAGUGGUGAACCUUUAUCUUUAACACGUACAGCGGGAGCAGCGGAGCUGUUGAAUAAAACCUAUCAACAGCAGGCCAAUGGUAAUCCAGCUGCCAAUCCCGCUUUUAAUCAGCUACAACAAACAUUACAGGCCUUACCCACAAACUUUGUACAGCUGUUCCAAUACCAGAUGCAGGCCAAGCAAAUGCAACAGCAGCAGCAACAACAACAGCACGGUGGCGGUCAGGGUCAACAUGGCCAUGGUCAACAGCAACCGGUACAGGGUGUACCGCCUCCGCCACCUACCACAACUGCAAUGUCUCACCAACAGCAGCAGCAACAACAACAGCAGAAGCAUCAGAAUCAACAUCAGCAACAACAGCAGCAGAAUGCUCUAUCACGUUACCUUACAGCUGCGGCAGCUCAGGCGGCAGCGGUGAGUGGCAAUAAAAUGAGUUCUGCUACUCCUCCACCACCACCGCCUUUGACCAACCAAAUGAAGCCACCAAAUCUGCCACCGAAUACCCAAAUAACACCAGUAACUGCAGCUAAUGUUGCCGGUGGCAAUUUAUCGGCCGGUCCUCAUCCCAAAAUGUCUACCGGCAAUACAAAUACCAGCUCUGGCUCUAAACAUCAAGGCCCACCACCAUCCAUAUCAUUAACGCCAUCGAAACCGACAACAACAGGACCAAGUGUUGCACACCAGCAAAAUAAAUUCACACCACCCACAAAUACUGGUGGCGGUGCGGGAGCUAAAGGACCACACUUGGCACAUUCGGCGGGACAUUCACAAAAUUUACCAAAAUCAACACAUGGCGCUACACAUACAGCAACUAGCAAUACUACUAGUCCCGCCAAGACUGGUGCUGCAAACACUGCGGAUGUUACUGUGGCUGCUUUGAAAUCACCACAAUCUACACCGGUACAAUUGACAAAACAAAUGCCUUCAACGGCCACUACAGCUGCGAUGGGCAAUAAAACAACUAACACAACAGGAGCUACUACAACCAUGGUUUCACCACUUAAAUCUACAAUACCAACAACAACAGCAUUACCAGCAGCAACAACAGCACAAACACCUAGUGCUACUAAUACAUUUACCACUACUCCAACAGUUGGACCCAUUAACACCUCCACUACCACCUCGGCUACCAUUACACCGGCAACUAAUGCUGUUGCAACAAAACCAACAGGUGCUGCUAAACCAGCUUUGGAUGAAUUGUCUCCCCCAAAAGUACCACUUAAAACUGUAAAUGCUGAAAAAGAACCUGUCAAAACAGCUUCAAAUGACAGCAAUAAACCAACAACAGAGUCAAGUUUAGCUUCUGCUAUUGACAGCAAUAAAAAGGAGACAGACAAGCCGAAAGAUAUGAAAUUAGAUGCGGCAACAGCACCAACACCACUAACAGUUAACAAACCGGCUGCACCAGCCUUGGAGUUAAAGGAAUCUAUGGAGAAGAACGUCAAUGAUUUAAAAUCAAUUACUGCUACCAAUACUACUUCAAAUCCGGUAACAACGGUUGCACCAUUACCACUCGCAUCAAAAGUGACAGAAGAAAAACCAGAAGCUAUUGUCAAAGCAAAUAAAACGGAUAAUCAAGAGAUCAGUGAAAGCGAAAAGAAAUUAGCGGAUGCUAAGAAAGCAACAGAAAAGGAGAAAACUUCAACUGUUGAUGAAAAGUCUAGCACUCCCGCUACACCAACUGCAGCAGCAGCCAUUCCCAAACAAACGGAAGCACCUAAAACUGAUGACAAAAAAGUAACAGAUGAUUCUAAUCAAAUCAAGAAUUCCCCAGAAGACAAAAAAACGGAAAGUAAAGAAAAAGUUGUAGAUAAAGAAAAAGAUAAAACAAUUAAAACUACCAAAUCACCAACUAAAGUAGAAGAUGGAGAAAAAAGCGUCCCCUUAAAAGAUGUACAAAAAACUGAAAAAGAAACGGACAAGUCAAACACUGCCGUAGAAACAAAAACACCCACAACAACAACACAAACGCUCGCUGUCAAAUCUACAGGAAAAGAGGAGAACAAUGUUAAAACUUCGUUAGAAGUAAACAGUAAAAAAGAUAAAGUGGAAAGUGUGCCAGCUAAAAAUCAGGAAAAACAACAGGUUGCAACUGUCGAGGAAAAGGAACCAACAAAAACAUCCAAGGAAAGUACACCAGAAGAUAAUAUUAAAGAAACUGCUCCCAAGGAGAAAGAGGAAACUGCAAAAUCGAUUAAAUCGACUGAAAAGGCUGAAACUACAACUACUGCAAAAACAACAACAACAGCAGUAGCAAACAGCAAAUCAAAUGCUGAAGAUAGUGUUAAGGAUACUAAUGAAACAACACAAAAAGAAAAAGAAACAGCAGCUUCGACACCUGUCAAAAAAUUUGGUCGUCUAGGUAAAGGAGCUAAAAGUAAAGCCGCUGCUACAGCCGCUGCUACAGCCGCUACUCCUGUAGUAGAAACUAAAACCCCAGAAACACAAGAAGAAAAACCAGCAGCUACAACUACUCGUGUCAAACGAAAACUUAAAACAGCCGACAUUUUAAUUGCAUCAAAUUCCACACCCUCAACACCUAACGAUGAUGAUUCGGAUCGUAAAUCAAAACGUCAUCGUCUUAAGACAAUACUCUACCAAAGUCCUCUUCCGGAAUUGGCCUACAUAACCAAGCUGUCCGCCAGUGAGGCUUCCAAUUCGCCCAAACCCAUGUCGAAUGAGGAUCGUUUAAUUGUAUUCUAUAAAAAUGAAUACAUGGCCGUACGCAAUGCUGAGGGUACAUUCUAUUUGUGCCAAACAAUGCAAAAUGUUUAUCGCACCUCACCGCGCAUAAGCAUUCGUUGGCUGUCGGAGGAUACUAAAGACAGCAAUGUUUUUAUACCGGAUUUCUAUGAUCACACCGAUAUUGAGUGUGUGCUAACAACGGUUGAACUGAAGCGUAUCGAUAAGGGACACUUACGUUUGCCCAAAGCCGAAAGAAAUCGCAUUGAAAGCAUACUAAAGAAGGCUAUAGAUGUGGAGAAAGGUUUGGUACCAAGACCAGAAUUAACCGAGGAAAAUCCUGAUGGUCUUGAUAUAUCCCUCUUCAAAGAUGAAUCUCAAAUUGAAAAGAAAUCCUCUUUAGCAGAGGGUAGCGAAAGUCAAACACCUUCAACGGCAGCUAGUAGAAAAUCUAGAAGAACUACCACCGCUGCUGCCUCAUCAGCCCGUAAAUCAAACACCACAGCUGCUACGCCCUCAACGUCCGCAGCCAAUAAACGUAAACGUGCGGCUAGUUCAGCGACCUCGUCCAGUUCACGUAAAUCGUCGGCUAAAAAACGAAAAACUUUACUUAAACGCAAGAAGAAGUUGGGCAAUAGCGAUGAUGACGAAGAUGACGAAUCCUCAGAUGAUGCUGAAUCGGAUGUUGAGUAUAAGCCUACGCAAAAGAAAUCAUCUCUAAAUGCGACAAGUGCAUCGAAAACAACGCCACGUGCACAAAGGUCACCUUUAGCUAAGGCAAGAGCUGCAUCGCCAAUAACACCAACCACAUCUAGAUCAUCUAAAAUUGUACCUCAAAAAGAAACACCUACACCUACACCGUCUACAUCAAAAGCUUCUCGAGGCGAAAGAGCUGCAAAAAGGAAAUCACUAACCGAUGCCGGCUCAUCCGAAGAAGCAACAACGCCAGUCAAAAAACCAGCGACAACCUCAAAUAACAAAAGUAAAGCAUCUGGUAAAGAUACGAACGAGGCUACUCCUGUAAAAAAAUCGUCCCUCAUUGAUAAUAGUAGUACUAGUGGUAGUAGUAGUAGUGGUGGUAGUUAAACUUCAGACAUCACACAACAACAUCAACACGUUAAAUAAAGCGAAACUGCUCUCCUCACAUCAUUCUCAAAAUCCUCGGCCUCUGCUAAAAACUGUUUUCGACGAUGAUGAUGAUUAUGAUGAAGAUGAUGAAGGUGCUCUACCGAAGUCGCAAAUAGAUUUACACAAAAUAAGGUAUUCACAUCAUCAUGAAAUUUGUAACCUGUACGAGUGUAAUGAUGUUUAAAACAAAAAGGUAAACAUUUUUUUUAUUAUCUUCUAGUUUUUAAGUUUCAACAUAAUUCUUAAUUUUUUCCCCUUUUUUACAAAGUCGUUUCAAUAGUUUCUUUUCUGGUACAUAUAACUUUAUAUAAAUUGAAAUUUAUAUUUGUUUUUCUUUUAUUUUUUAUAACAACCCAAAACCUUUUCAAUUAAAGUGUUAAGUAAAUAUUUUUCAAUAAUAUAUGAAACCACAGGCUACUCUUAAGAACUAACAAUGCUUAAAAAGAAAUAUCUUCUUUUUUUUAUUUUCUAUUUUUUUUCGUUUGUUUUAAAUAUUUUUAUAUAUAUGUUUUUUAUAAUGAUAACUGAUUAAAAGAUAAUGUGUAAUAUUUCUCAUAAUAUUUAAGUUAAGUUGAACAAAAAUAAGUGGUCGUCCCCCCCUCUUCCUCCCCCUUGAAAUUAUAGAUACGUAUAUGAAGCGUAUGUGUUUAUUAUAUAAAUAUGUUUCUUUUAUAACGUUUAACUUUUUUUAUUAUUAAUUGGCAUAUUUUUACCAAUUUAUUAUACAUAUAUAGAUACACAUAUACAUACAUAUUGAAUGUAUUAAUUAUUAAUUUUCUAGUUAUAAGUUGAAACAAACAUUUUUCUUUGUCUUUUGUUGUGCAUUUAAUGUACGAUGGAUUGAUCAUAUUCGUUUUGUAAAACAACCUUUAAAUGUCUAAUUGAGAAUAUAGAUUUUGAUUUUCUUUAAUUGUAUUUUGAUUGUCUGAUUAACUUUAGUUUUAAAUCCAAAUCAGCUUUUACUGUUAAUAAAAAAAAUAAUGUGCAAAAUAAUUUUGUUUUCAAGUUGUUGUCGUGAAAUAGAAAGACAUUUUAUCCAGUUGUUUUUAGAAAUGUUUAAGAGGUUUUAAAUUGUCCGUAAAAAAAAGCUUUUUGGAAAAUUUUCUUUAGAAUUUUUUACUAAAAAGCUUUUUUACUGAAAAGCUUUUUUACUGAAAAGCUUUUUAGUACAAAAGAUAAGAAAAGCUUUUUAGUAAAAAGUCUUGGAAAGGCUUCUUAGUAAAAAUGCUUGAAAAAGCUUUUUAGUAGAAAAGCUGGGAAAAGCUUUUAGUAAAA